AUGAACAGCAUAAAGCAAAAAAGUACUGAAGAACAUGUUGCAGAGGACAGAAACAUCAACCUGACCUGUACAUAUGAGGGUACUAUCUACAAUAUCCAGUGGUACCGACAAUACCAGAGAUCCAGACCAGAGUUCCUGCUCUACAUCACAGAGGGAGGGUUGAUUCAACCAAUUAGCUCUGAUUUCUCAGCUCACAUUGACAAGUCAAAGAAAAGUGUUAAACUGGAGAUCAUCUCAGCUAAGGUGUCUGACUCUGCUGUUCUUUUACCACAUGAAAUAACAGAGCUGUCUCUUCAUUUAGGAGUCAGCUGUGAAGAACUCACUCCAAUAGAGAAAGAAGAGAACAGUUUAGGAGGCAGCUCUGUUACUCUGUCCUACAGAUACUCCAAACAAGCAGGAUAUACUGAUUAUUUCUUCUGGUAUCGACAAUAUCCAGGAAAACCACCAGAGUUCAUCAUCUUUCAUUUGGGAUCGCAAAAUGAAACAAACUCUGGACUGUCUGUUUCAGCGAGUGAGGAUAAAACCAAAAUGGAUCUUCAGAUCUCCUCUGCUGCAGUGACAGACUCUGCUCUGUACUACUGUGCUGUGAGGCCCACAGUGACAGCAAACCCACAGUCUCUGUACAAAAACACAAGCUGACACACUGACAAGCUGCUGGAAGACUUUUUCUACACUGUUGUACUGAACUUUGUACCUCCACUAGAGGGCGACAUUAUCAAGUAGG